AACUAUUUCAGCUUUAAACAUUAUUCAGCUUUAAACAUUGUUCAGCUUUAAAAGUUACUGUGCAACUGUGUAACAAGAUUGUGCUCACGACUUUGGCCUUGAGAGCGAUAAGAAGCAAACGCCUCAUCCUGCAGGUGCAAGAUAUCUGCGAGCAGGGAGGCUAGAACACCCAGGGCCGGUUUCCUUUUAUGGAGUUGUUUUUCUGCUAGUGCAGCACUUUCCUCACUCCCUCCUUAUAGUUUUAGAGAAUAUAUACCCAUCCUCACAGCAAAUCUUUGGAAUCUCUUGAUGUGAGCUGUUGUUGAGAGCUUGUCUCUGUCUCAAUAAAGUUCACUGAAUUCCCCAUCCUGCAGGUGUGCUGUUGUCUUCAUUCUCCGCCAGCCUGGAUCCGCUUCAGGUCAAACUGGAACGGAUGGGAGGACUUCGGCCGUGGUCUGAGUGAACGGAGUUUGGACAAAAGUUGUGUGCACACAAAAACAAGGUAAGCAGACCUUUUAUUUCUGCUCUAUUGAACAUUAUAAAAAUAGCUUAGUGUCCAAACUCCUAGUAAUUCAUAACCAAAAUUGUCUGGCUUACUUAAGGCUUGUUGAGAAUCAGACAAGUGAAUAAGAGAUAAGUGAAUAAGAGAUAAGUGAAUAAGAAAUAAGUGAAUAAGUGAAUAAAGAAACUGAGGUCUGACCACGGUUGCAGCCGACGGGUUGCUCUCCGGUGUCGGAUACAUACCUCAGUGCAGGUCUGGGACCUUGAAAGGGUUUAUUAGUAACGCCUUUCUAAACAAUUAAAAGGUUAAAGGCCUUGAGAAUAUUUUUUAGUAAUAUUCUCUAAACUACAGAAGGGUUAGGAAGGCCCAGAGGACGUUAUUAGAAAAGAUCCUCUAAAACUUAAAAAGGAAAAGUACUGGUUGGAGUCCAAAGGAGGGGUCCCUUUAAUCAAUAGGAGAAAAACGGAUCUCUUCUUAAAACCACGAUGUUUUUAGUGUUUUAAAUGUUUUGAUGUUCUGUUUGAUAUUUGACACACAUAAAUACACACUGAAUGCUUGCUGUGGAACACUGGGCAGGACAGUCUGGUUCUCCGUUGUUCACAGAUUACACAAUUAAAGGAACUAGGUUCCUCUUUUGGUUAAAAUAAUACACCACACAUAGAAUUUUUUACACAUUUAUUACAUACAUAAGGAGGGUAAUGAGUGACUGCAGGUAAUGUAUGAAGUGUGAAUGAGACGUGUGAACAAGGUGACAACCAACUAGCACCCCUAUCAGGAAGCAAUAGGCAAGGUUACCCGCCAGACUCCGGUUUGGUAGAAGCUUGGUAACACCUGAAGGGAUAUUUCAGUGCUGACUCACCUUUAAAGCAGCGCCCCAGCUGUUAGUGCCUAACAGAGGCAGAAACCCAGCUGGCCCAAAUUCUCCUUUAAAAUCAAUAAAAGAACACUCCUCCAUUGACAGUAAAAUGGAUGGAGAAUUAGAUAGAGAAACUAAUGAUGAUGGUUGGGGUCCCGGUGUUAUUCUUAGCACAUUGGGAGAACAAUUAACAUGUGUUGAGACAGUCAUCAACUCCACACACCAGCCUAAAGAAGCAAAAAAGCAGAAAGAGUUAUUGAGGAAAACAGCUGAAAGGUUAAUGAAAGAAAAGGGAAAGAACGAGGGGAGUAGUGGUAACUGGGGAAUAAUUUGGCAGAAUAAGGCUAUGCAGGCAAAAGAGAAAGAGGAAGAAGCCAACUCAGCAGCAGCAGGUGCAGGUGUGAUGAGCGGGGUGAGACACAGAAAGGAAGCAGAUAAGCACGCAGGCCGCAAAGCUAAAUUUAAUCACUGGGUGUGUUUAUGGGAAACUGCAAAACCACACAUGAAGAAAAAUAGGUCUCAGCCACCUCCCUAUUCUGCCUCAACUCCUCCCUCAGCAGGCAUAUAUCCGGUACUUAAUAUCUCUGGUGGAAUAAUGACUAUUGGAGAAGAACCGCCCGUAGCUCCAACUCCCCUAGAUACCAAGCAUUUUUGCCCAGGAAGCUCCUCUCUGUCGGCGACAUCCUCAGCUAGUAGUAGAGCCCCCUCUUCUAUGUCCCAUUGUUUUGGAACCGGAUCUGAGGGCCUAACUGACCCCCCUGCGAGCGCACCAUUUGCGGUUCGAAUGAACAGACAGGAACCCACUGAACAACAAUUAACUCUUUCCCGGUCCAACCCCUUUGCCAGCACUCCUGUCGCUGUUAAAGGAGAUCUGACUGCUACUGCAAAAACUGAGCCUGGCACUUCACCAAAUGUCACAGUUACCAUGUCUUUGGUGGGCCGUCAGGAUCCGGAAACACAGAUGAGUUUAGCCCACAUUUUUGCUGACACUGCUACCCCACCAGGCGGGGAGGAAACUGAGGAUACUGAUGAUGAACUCAGUGACCUUAACAAUACACCCCCCUCUACCCCUCCCAGUUUAGGAUAUCAGACUAGAUCUAAGGGCCCUGUGCCUCAGCCUCCAGGCAUAUUUCCCCUGGUCCAGACUAAAGCGCAACGUAGACCAGUGUAUCAACCUUAUUCAUUCGGAGAUGUCCAGGCCCUAGUGGACAAACUCCCUGACAUAACGGAGGGAGGGAAUGCCUGGUUGGCUGGUUUGGAUAAAUACACAGCUGGACAGGACCUCGCACUGGGAGAUUUUAGAGCUAUUAUAACUAGGUGCACAUCCCGAUCUCAGGCAGCGGACCUGGAACAAAAUGCAGGUACUACCAUGCAUGAGAACGAGGUGCCACUAAUGCAGGCCCUGAGGUUUAUUGGACCGGCCCUGCGCAAACAAUUCCCACCAAAAAAUCAAGGCACCUUACAGAAAUUUAAAUGGGAUGGAAAGCAAAAUCCCACCCAUUAUCUAAAUCAGGCUGUUGAUGACUGGGUGAACCAUACAGGUCAUCACCCCAGUAGGACUUGUUCACAGAGCAUGUGGUUUAGAAAGGCGGUGCUGAGGGGCAUUCCGGAGUCAGUAAGCCAGAAAAUGGAGGAUAAUCCUGAUUUGCAGGACUGUGACUUUGCAAUCUGGAAGAAACAUUUGAUUUUUAAUCUUAACAAAGUGCAGAUUAAGUCUGAUGAUAAAGCGGAGAGCGUCGAAGAUUUACAGUUGCAACUGUUGAAGGUUCAGCUGCAGAAAGCAAAAAACGACCUGGGUGGGAAAGGUGACAAGCCUAAAAAGCAGCUUGUGGCUGCUGCAGCUCCCGCUCCUGGUCCAGUUGCCCCUGAUUUGUAUCCGAACCCAUGGCCAACUGAUCCACAGCCCCCCCAGUAUGGUGCUUAUCACUCCCCGGCCCCUUAUGGGCAGAGAGGUUCCCCAUUUGGAGGAAACAGAGGUGGUUUCAGGGGAAGGGGUCAGAUGGGAGGUGGUAGGGGAGGCCAGAUGUAUGUUUGUUUCCGGUGUGGACAACCUGGACACUGGGCUAAAGCGUGCCCUUUGAACCCGGCUGCUGGAAGAAGGGUAGAAAUGGAAAAGGCACACAAGAUGUGUAAUGUGUUUCUUUAA